GAGUUCUACAAAUGACCUAUGGAGGGCAGCAACACGCUUUUUCAUGCAAAGUUUGUGGUCAGAAGAAGAACGCCUUCGCACCUGCGCAGUGUGAGUGGAUGUGGCUCAUUGUUGGUGAAGAUGGCUGCGCCCAUAGACCUGGAGCUGAAGAAGGCCUUCUCCGAGCUGCAGGUGAAGAUGAUCGACACGCAGCAGAAGGUGAAGUUGGCCGACCUGCAGAUCGAUCAGCUGACUCGGGUUCAGAAAAUUGCUAAGCUAACUCACACCGAGAUCACCAUGCUGCCCGACAACACGCGGCUGUACGAGGGAGUCGGACGCAUGUUCAUUCUUCAGUCCAAGGAGGAAAUCAACAAUCAGCUGACGGACAGACAUAAAACAGCUGAUGAGAAAAUUAAAGAACUUGAGCAGAAGAAGUUGUACCUUGAACGCAGCGUGAAAGAAGCAGAAGACAACAUCAGAGAGAUGCUGCUGUCCAGGAGAGCUCAGUGAUCGAUCAUCUAUAAUCAAUAUGUCAUGAGUAACAGUGAUACAGUCCUCAAUCAUCUAUGAUCAAUAACACACGUGUAUCCAUGUCAGUAACUGCGUUUGUCAGUUGUUCAUAUUAAAAUGUUGAACUGCAGUCUGUUUCCUGUGUUUGCAUGAAAAAGAAUUGAACAUCAGUUUUUAGAUUAUUUUUGACAAUUUGAUGCUAAAAACAAACUAAAAUAAAAGUGGUUUCUCCAGCAGAGUGUCAGCAAACAUCAUGUCGACAGUCAGGUUUAAGUUUAAAGUUUCAUGUAACCACAGGUGAAUUUCUCCAUUGUGAGAUCAAUAAAGUCUAAAAAUCUCAUCCACAGUGAAUUUCUAAAAUAUAAAUACAAAUGUUAGCAGACACAGACAUUAAGUGAAAUCUUUUAAAAUAUUAAGGAGGAAACAGGUUUUAAUCUUUAUUUUUAACUUUUAAUUAACUGCUCCAUCAUUUCAGCCAGAGCUUUACAGCGUGUGUUCUUCAGAGGGAGGUGAUGUUUGCACAGAUGACCAGCAGGUGGCAGCAAACACCAGACUUCAGUCAAUAAGGCUUCACUAAUCCCAAACUGGGGGGUUCAGGUGUGACAGGCAGCAGGAAAGAGCAGUUGGAAAAAAUAUGGCAACAGAGAAAAUACAGAAUAAAAGCUGACUAUACACACACACACACACACGAGUAUCUAUAUGUAUGUGCGUGUGUGUGUACGUUUUAUAGAAAGUAAACACUGUUUAGCUUCUGAAUGAAUGACUGCAGGUUUACGAACACAAACAUCAAACAAGAUCAUUUGUGUCUGUCAGAACUUAUUUGUUGAAAAUAGAAAUAUUCUGCUGAUUCUUGGUGCUUGUUCUCCAUAUUUACAAUCAUAAAUAAUUAUAAAUUGUAACUAAAGUUUAAAUUAGAACUACUCUAAGCUGUGACACAGAUAAAAAAAGUCCAGAAAUA